GGAAGAGAAAUCCUCGCCAGAAAUCUGGUUAAUUGUGACAGUAGAAGCCAGCUUUUGCUUCAAACACCGGAAUCUCUAAAAUCUACACGCCGUGACCGUCAAUGGCCUUCCCUCUCCCGCGGGGCAUCACGCCCCCGGAGAUCGCCUUUCUCGCUGAGAUGGAACAAGUUAAUAUAGUGCCUCGUCAGAGAUUAGAAGGCCUGGAACUUCUUGGGGGUCCCGUCGAAGCUCUCCUCCCUCCCCGCCGAGCUACCCUCCCACUAUGGCUCGCCCUCCUCCUCAAACGCCAACGCCGCGCGAACAUCGUCCCACCCUCCUGGCUCCACCCAGAAGCCCUAUCCCUAAUCCUCGAAAUCGAAACACAACAUAGCGAUUACCAGAAUGCCUUCUCCCCACCACCUCCACUGCCAGGGCAACCGAGCGUCCGAGAUCGAGAAAUACAACAAGCGCCAGUAGCCAUGCCGCGAUAUACACAGGACGGUGAGCGGUAUUACGCCUCUCCGCCAUUUCUUCCGCAGAAUGUUGCUCGGGAUUACAUACCUCCUGGGGAACCGCCGUCGUUACCGUAUCAUUGGCUGGAGGUUGGGAAUAUGUUGCUGGAUGCGGCGAGCGAUGAUUUGGUGGAUCCGGAUCAGACACGGCGGUCAUUGAAGGAGUUGCGGGAAGUACGCAUGGCUAAGUUUCGGGCUGGUACAGAUGUCCUUGAUGCUGCUGCAAUAGGGGGAGGAGGAGUCGCAUUAACAGGAGUGGGCGCAAUGGAAAUCGGGGAGGGAAGAGGCUUUGUCACGGGGGUGGUGGAUAGGCUUAGGAAAAUCGGAGCAUCAAAGGAGCAAGCACGGAGAGAGCAGAUGGCCGAAGACAUGGCCAAUGGUGGAUAUGGUGCUACCCAAGACGAUGACGACGAAAUGGAAUUUUGAUCAUCCUCGACCAAUUAUGAACGAAACGAUACGAAUUAUUUAGAUGCCAUUUAAUGACCGUAUAAUAUCAUAUAUCAUGGGACCGAUAUAAUCAUCAUAGCAACAGCGGGCGUAGAAGCUAUAUACAGGCAAACUCUUAUACGCUUUCCUCUCCUACCCCCAGGGAGACAAUAAGAGACUUACCUCUCAAUGGAGGUGGUUCCUGCCUGCAAAGCCUCACUUUAUCCCGGUUA